UCUAUCUGGCAAAAUCUCCACAUCACACACCAUGUGAUGUUUAGCCCUAGCUCCUUUGGCUUUGAGCAAAUAUCCCGCGCGAGGCAUUAUGGGAUUUGUCGAACUCACUGCGUCACUGUGCCGCCUUCACCCGAGUGACCGCGCGCGCCGAGAGAAAGAAGAAAUGGCCAAUCAGUCAAUGGACAUCGUAGCUAAGGCGCUGGAGCAGCAAAUGCUGCACUCAGCACGGAUCGUUGAGGAGCAGAUAGACGCUGAGCUGGAGAAGCUAGAGCGCAUGGAUGAGGAUGAACUUGAGUGUCUCAAGGAAAGGAGGCUGGAGGCUCUCAAGAAAGCCCAGAAACAGAAGCAGGAAUGGAUCUCUAAAGGCCAUGGUGAAUAUAGAGAGAUCCCAAGUGAGAAAGAUUUCUUUGCUGAAGUUAAAGAAAGCAAGAAUGUGGUUUGCCAUUUCUACAGGGAUUCCACUUUCAGAUGCAAAAUUCUGGACAAACACUUGAGUGUCAUGGCAAAGAAGCAUUUGGAGACAAAGUUCAUCAAACUAAACGUAGAGAAGGCUCCCUUCCUAACAGAGAGGCUUAGGAUUAAAGUUAUUCCUACACUAGCACUGGUGAAAGAUGGGAAGACUAAGGACUACGUAGUAGGCUUCACUGAUCUAGGUAACACAGAUGACUUCUCGACUGAAAUGCUGGAGUGGAGACUGGGCUGUUCAGAUAUAAUCAACUACAGUGGAAAUCGCUUCGAGCCACCUACGCUUGGUCAGAAACCAGGGACAAAGUUCACCAAGCUGGAGAAAAAGACGAUCAGAGGGAAGGGCUAUGACUCGGACUCUGAAUCUGAUGAUGAUUAGAAAACUUUUUCCUCAGGCCUUCCUACAGUCUUUGUAAAACUAACUUGGUUUGUUCCUCUGUCUUCUUUGUAUACCUCAGAUUUCUUUUCCAUAUUUCAUAUUAAACCUUUGUUUCAUGAUCAAUGUGCUUUCAGACACACAAGACUGCAUUUUCCUUUAUACACCAUUUAGGCAGGGAAUUCUUUACUCCAUUGAUCUUGUCUACCUGGAUUUGAACUGAAAGAAGUGGAGCCUCAUUGAUUUAGAUCUACACUAUAAAUAACAAAACUUCAUAAUGGACAGAUUAAAAAAAAAAUAAUAAUAAAAUUUCUAACAGCGUAUGUACAGAUCAGAGCAAUCAGCACAGAUGUUUACUGAAUUCUGGCAAUAGCAAUCCUCACUUAUUUCAAACUGGCUUUAUGAAUUAAAAAAUGAAAGAUUAUCAGGUUGAUGGAGACUCAUGUGGUAAUAAGCCUGAGAUACUUAUGUUUUUAUAUUUAUGAUGUAAUUCUAUUUGUUUCCUAGGUUGGUGUAAUUAAUUUAUUACUUUUAUGGGAAGAGAAUAUCUUUGAGAGGCCACAACGAAAAUUAACAUCACAUUUACCCAAAACUAGAGUUCAGCUCUAGGCCUUCAUGAACAUCACACAAGUGCCAAGAAAGCUACCAUUACUGUAAUCACUACUGUUUUAUCCAUGUGAAUAGAAACUUAAUCUUUGAUUUUCUUUAUUUUUUUAUAGCACUAAUUGAAUACUCAUUAAAAGAAACUCCGCUCAUCACUGUCAA